AUGGCAGCCCAAGCACCAGCACCAGCGCUAUACAAGAACAUCAUCAUCUCUGGCGGAGCCCGAGGUAUUGGUCGAGCAUUAACUCGGAUGAUGCUCGAAGCUGGCCAUCACGCCUACAUUUUCGAUAUCGAUGAAGAAGAGCUCGAGCAUACUACCAAGGUUCACCUUAGGCAGUACUACGCCGACGGUAGACUUGGUUCGGCGAUCUGCGACCUUCGCGACGUCGAAGACAUCCGUGCCAAAGUCAAAGAGGCGGCCAAGUUCUUUAAUGAUCGCAUUGAUGUCCUAAUAAAUAACGGUGGUAUCGCAAGCCCGCAGUGGAAGGAUGGCAAGACCAUGGAGGACCCCUCGACUAUCGAUGAAUGGAAAGCAUACAUCGACACCAAUCUUACUGGUCCCUUCGCCAUGUCUCAAGCUUGCAUCCCGUAUAUGAAAGCCCGAGCAUCUGAUGUCGAACACGGCGCGCACAUUCAAAAUGCGAACAACUCCAGCCCGGCAGGUCCAUGCAUCAUCCACAUUGGCUCCUUCCGUGCGCAUCAGUCCGACCCAAAUCAGGAGGGCUAUGCUUCAAGCAAGUCGGGUCAGCUUGGUUUGAUGCACUCGAUGGCGAUCAGCCUAGGCAGCCUGGGUAUUCGAGUCAAUCUCAUUGCACCUGGACGCAUCAAGGUCGCACACGAGAGCAAGGAAGGUGACGAGAACGGUGCAGACUGGGCAGGUCAGAUCAGUGAGAAGGAUGUGUCUGACCACCCGACAAAUAGAGCUGGAAGGCCAAAGGACAUUGCCGAUGCUGCACUGUAUCUCAUCGAGGCAGGUUUCGUUACUGGACAGGAUAUCACUGUCGACGGAGGAGCAUUGAGGAAGAAGAAUGCUUAA